CACAAAGUCACAAAACGAUAUAAAAAAAGCAAUAAAUAAAAAAAAAACAGUCCACAUCAUCAUUGCAUCACCAUGGUGCUCAUCUCAUCAUUCACAGACAUUCACAGAUCACACAAACACAGCUCACUCUUUCUUUCUCUUCCACUCACUUCACUUCACUUCACUCAUCUACCUCAUCAUCAACAACAACAACAUCAAACACAUAACAGAAAACAAAACAACACAAACACAACACAAUCCAGAUCCAAAACUUCAACAAGGAAAAAAACUAUAUAAACAUAACCGUUAAAUUAUAACAAUAAUAAUGGCUUCACUUCCCCAAAUUACCCUCACUUUUAUGUUCUAUUUACUAAUCCUAUCCCCAACACCAUCUUUUUCACUCAACAUCACCGCUCUUCUUUCAACUUUCCCGGAUUUAUCCCAAUUCACCGCCCUUCUCUCCGCCGCGGCCCCCCUCACCGCCGACCUCUCCCACCGCACUUCAAUCUCUCUCCUCGCCGUGCCAAAUUCCUUCUUAUCAACUGACCCUAACCUCUCCCACCACCAACUCUCCCCCUCCGCACUCACCGACGUCCUCCGCUACCACGUCCUCCUCCAAUUCCUCUCAUGGUCCGACCUCCACUCCCUCCCUCCCUCCGGCAAACUCGUCACCACUCUCUUCCAAACCACCGGCCGCGCCACCAACAAUUUCGGCUCCGUCAAUAUCACUCACGAUGCUCACUCCAACCUCGUCUCGAUCCGUUCUCCUGCUCCUUACUCCUCCUCAAACGCCACCGUCAUCGAACUUGUCAAAACCCUACCGUACAAUAUCACCAUCUUCACCGUUAAUUCUCUCUUAAUCCCUUACGGUUUCGAUCUCAUGGCAUCGGAAACUCGUCCUAGCAUUCUCCUCAACAUCACCAAAACUCUAAUCGAUGCUCAUAACUUCAAUGUCGCUGCCUCCAUGCUCUCGGCUUCCGGUGUUGUUAACGAAUUCGAAGCCGGUGAAGGCGGUUCCGGAAUCACGUUAUUUAUCCCCGUCGAUGAAGCUUUCGCCGAUCUACCUCCCUCGGUCUCGCUUCAGUCACUUCCGGCGGAUAAGAAAGCGGUUGUGCUCAAAGCUCAUGUUCUCCGAGCUUAUUAUCCUCUCGGUUCGCUUCAAUCCACUGCGAAUCCGUUGCAACCAACGCUUGCCACGGAAGCCAUGGGAGCUGGAAGCUUCACGCUCAAUAUCUCAACGUUUAAUGGCUCGGUCGCGAUUAACACUGGAAUUGUUCAGGGGAUAAUUACUCAGACGGUUUUUGAUCAGAACCCUAUCGCAAUUUUCGGUGUUUCGAAGGUUUUGUUACCGAGAGAGAUUUUCGGGAAAAAUCCAAUUGUGUCUGUGAAAUCGCCUCCGGACAUUGGUGCUCCUCCGCCUUACGAUGAUGCUUCUUCGCCGUCUGGAUUUGAUGUACAGCCGUCACAUCUUUCUUCACCACCGGGAUUUGGUGAAAAUGUUACGUCCAAUGUUGCUGGUGUUUAUGGUUCUGAGUUAUUUAUUUUUGUUCUUUGCUGUAUAAAUUUGUAUUUACUGGUAUAAAAGUAAUUGUUUUUCCUCUUUGUAUUA